UGGAGGCUAGGAAGAAGAAGGAAGAAAGACAAGGCACGCCCUGAUUCCUCCAUCUUAGAACUCCUGACCCCCAUGUACAAAACUCAAACCCCCUGUACAGAGUCCAAAACCCCCACGUACAGCACUCAAAAACUUUUCCCUUCACUUCGUGAUUAUUACUGUUGUGCUAUCUAAACCUUUUGUGACUUGUAAUUCUUCAUACAGAGUUAGUAAUUUGCUCCAUGGGCUAAGAUUGAAACCCCACGUGUCUUUGGCUGCAUUCCAGGGUCUCAGAGACCCCUGCCAGCGGCUCGGGCCAUCUAGGGCACCCAGAGGGGUGUACUGGGUUCUGACAACAAGGCAGGCCAGCACAUCCCUGUGGAUCCCAGGAGGUUAUUUUAUUCAAACAUUUUCUUCUACCUUGCUUUCUCUAUGUCCCUGCUUCCUAUUAUGCCUGUGUGAUGUGAAUCACUGAGUGGGAAUGGGGUACUGAAAUUUAGUUGAGAGCUGUUUUCUAAAUUCCUGAGUCUUGGAUGACCCUACAUGGCUUCAGGUGUGAUCUGGCUCUGUAACACCCUUUCUGUGAUCCUUCAGAUGUGUCUAGCUUUUAUGAAAAGAAACUGAGACAUUAAAAUGAGGGGCAAACCCAUGCCAGGAUGCUGGUGCUGAUUUGCUGCUGCAGGAGCAGUGUGGUGUCUGACCCUUGCCAGCUAUGCCAUCAAGAAAAGGGCAUGAUGGUCAUGUUAGUUUGCUAUUUAUUGACUUAUAGUCAAUUUGUCCUUUGGGGCCCUCAUGUCCUUUUCUGGAUGCCACAGCCUGAUGGAAACCACCAAAAUGGUCAGGAGGAAAGUGGGUUUAUACAUCUAGGAGAAGAGAAGGUAAAAGGGGAGCUUAUUGCUGUGGGCAGCCACUUAACCAUAGAAUCACAGAAUGGUUUGGCUUGGAAGGAGUCUUUAAAAGUCUAGUUCCAUCCCUCCUGCCAUGGGCAGAAACACCUGCCACUGGACCUUGUUGCUCAGAGCCCCAUCCAGCCUGGAGAGGGGAGUGCGGACAAGAUGGAGCCAGGCUCUUUUGGGGAUGCACAGUCAGAGGGCAAAGGACAGCAGCAGAAACUGCAGCUUAUCUUCUGCAUGAGCUCAGUCAGACCCUGGAACAGGGCCCAGAGAGGCUGUGGGACCUCUGUCCAUGGAGAUACUCAAAGAUGGACUGGAUGAAGCCCAGAGAAACAUGAUUUAACCCUGAAGUAAGUCCUGCUUUGAGCAAUAGGUUGGACCAGACUCCUCCAGAGUCUCAUUCCAGCCUGAAUUAGCCAUGAACCUACCCUCAGAGAAAGCCACUGCCACUCAUCCCUCCCAAGGUGGCAUCCCUGGCUUUGUUUUGGGAUAAUGAGCCAUGGUUGUCAGGGAGGUUGCCGGGGAGGCUGACAGAGACAUCCCUUCCCUAUAGAUUAUCGUGCACAGCAGCACCAACAGUUCUGAAUCUGCAAAUGAGUCAGGAGGGCGCUCAGGGGAAGCCCCAGAGGUGUUUUGCGUCACUGGCCCAGGUUGCUUAGCGCUGCUGCGACUGUGGAGAAGGGACACCAGCUCCAGGGGCCUGUCUGAUCUUUGCCCCUGCGUGUCCUGUUUGAGAGCCACGCACUGCUGAGGACGGAGCAGAGGAGCAGCCAAGGUGAUGGCAGCUGGGGCAGGGAUGCUUGAGCUGCCCUUCACCUGCGACGAGCAGCUCACCCGGCGCAUGCGGCUGCGGUUCCAGAGCCUGCAGCAAAGAAACAUGAGGCCCCAGGAUGGGGAGAAGCUGCUGCAUCCCAAUGAGCACAUCUACCGAGUGGAUUUCCUCCAGCAGCACCAACUGCACUUCCUCCGCUGGAACGUGCAGCUGGAGAGACCUGGGAAGGUCACGGUGACUGGCACCUCCCAGCACUGGACUCCUGAUCUCACCCACCUGAUGAACCGGCAGCUGCUGGAGCCGGUGGGCAUCUUCUGGAAGAAGCCAGGGGCUGAGGAGGUGGAGUGCAAUGAGGCAGAUGCCCAGGAGUUUGGGGAGCGGAUAGCAGAAUUAGCCCAGAUCCGCAAGGUGAUGUAUUUUCUCCUCACUUUCACUGGCGGCCUCGAACCAGCUCAGCUGAAAGGCUCCAUUGUUUUUAAAGCCUGAUCCCCUCUUGCUCAGCUUUUCUCCCUCCAGCUAUGCUUCUUUCAGUUUGGUUCUUUGCUCCAUUUUUACAUCUGGGUUUUUUUUUUUUUUCUUUUUUUCUUUUUAACGAGAGACAGCACCAUGGUAAAGCAGAGAACAGCUCAGUGCUUCUGGAGCCCCUCAGCUGUGUGAAAUAUUCCCCAAAUGUGCUGCCCUCUGUCUAAAUGAUGGGGAGAAUGGGACCGUGAGCUUGCUGCUGCAUUUGCCUGGAGUAUAAGACUGUGUGCUUGUGAAUUCAUCAGGGAUUCCUGCAGGGUCUUACUGGCUUGGAAAUAGGAGGCUGCCCCAAGUCCUCUCACUGCACACCAAAAACCCACUGGAAAAAUAAGUAAUUGCCAUACCAGAAAACAGCAGGGACCCCUGGAGAGAGCCCUGCUUUCCACUUUCCAUCCUAGCCAUUGUUUGUGAUGGAGUUCCUCUCCUUGCAAGGUGCUGAGUGCUUGCAGGCUCUGGUGACUUGCGCUGCUGCUGUGGCUGCUUGGAGUCUCUGAAUACCAGUCCAAUGGAGAUUCCACCUUGCUGUGAAGCUGAAGUACAUACACUUGGACUCGCUGUGUUCUGCAGAUUGUAAACCUACUGGACUAAUGGGGGAGUUGGACCAGCCUUUUCUGACCACUGCCACCAUUUCUUGCUGGGGGGAGGAUGGAAUUUGUUAAUCCAAGAUGGGUUGGAGCAGAUGUCUCUGUGUGUGUGUGUGUGUGUGCGCAGAGCCAGCAGCUCAGAGAAGCCUAGGCCAGCAAUGAGUCCUCUGCAGCAAAGGUAGUUUGUGCUUUGUUCUGUCCUUAAAGCACCCAUGAAAAUAAUUACUCUGAAGUGUUACAGAGAGCCAUGAGGCUGCAGAGCACUUUGCAAGCCACAGAGCAGGAGUUUGCUGCUUCUGUCCCUGAAAAGCAGUGUCUCCUGCCCUCUAAAACACAAGAAGGGUGUCUGGGUGACCAGAGGAGCAGAGGGAAGUGAUACAUUUGUAAGUAUUGGAACAGGAAAGUGUUUUGUGCCCAGUUUGCCCCAUGACUGCAAGUAAACUACUACAUUUGGAUGUUUCCUUUUCCUCCACCAAAAAUGAAGCUUCUUGAGACGCACAGAUUGAAAAGUCCCUUAAAAGCGCUAAGUAUUAUUACAGAUUUGCUCAGAUUGCACACAAGUGUGUGUGAGUACUCCUCAAGGGACAGCCUGACAUCUUCCCAAGAUGAGUAAGGAGAGAGCAGUGAUGGGAAAGCCAGGGCAAGGUGACUUUGUAUCUGUGGCCUGCAGACUUAGGCAGACCAGCCCCAAAAAGAGUCCAACCUCUUCUCCAAAACCUCCAGAGAUGCAGACCCUAUGCCUUCCCCAGCCCAACAACAGUGUAUAAAAUGACAUGCACAAAUUAUGCCAGGCAGAGAGGAGAAAGAAAGCAGAUCAGCUACUGGCUGGAGGGAUGGUGGGAGCUCUGAGUCUUGCUCAAAACCAAGGCCCAACACACCAAAUCCUACAGCCAUGCCAUGGCUAUUGCCAGACAAGUUGAUGUCUUUAUUUAGACCCCAAGAAAUGCUGGACUCAGUGAGUAG